CGGCUAACCACAACCCCCGGCGAGUCCAUACCCAAGACCGGGUCCGCCAGAGACGCCCAUGAAGAGGUAUCACUGGCGGAGGACAUUGGGGUCAGUUAAUUCAAAAUAUUUGUAUUGUAUUUCAUUUGUUGCAGCACAACUACCGGGUGGCGAUGUGGCUACUGGGCGCGUGCAACGCGGCCGCCCUCGCCGCCGCCACUAACCUUGUCAUCUCUCUCGAUCCUGAAGACAAGAUCUCUAUAAAGCGCGGGUGCGGCUUGACGGCGCUGGGUCUGGUGUACUUCGUGUCGUUGUUCGAGCUGCUCAAUGUGCUGGCGCUGUUCACGGCGCGCGGCGCGAGGUUCAGGCACCGCUACCGGCUUUCGGCUGGGGAUGUCCUCGACAUCACUAACAAGUCAGUUCUAUUGAUCUAUUGUUGCUCUUACCAACUGAGUUACGGGUCCAGUUCUGUAUGGCUCGGUAACUGGACCCGUAGCUUAUACCUGCGCGGCGGCUUGGGCGACUGCGUGUUCGGGUUCGUGUACCUCAUGGAGCUGUCCACCCCCUUCGUGUCCUUGCGCGGCAUCCUCUCGCGGCUGCACCUCAAGGCGUCCAAGGCGUACCUCAUCAACGGCAUACUGAUGCUGCUCACCUUCUUCCUGUGCCGCGUCGUCAGCCUGCCCUACGUGUGUCUCAUGUACAGUAGAGUUCUGGGGCUGUCCUACUUCGAGGCCAUCGGCAGUCUUCCGAUCGGCUGCAAGGUGUCGAUCUGCAUCCUGCUGCUGCCGCAAGUGUACUGGUUCUACCUGAUGUCGCUGGGCGCCGUGAAGGUGUUCGUGUCGCGCGCCGCGUCGGCCGCCGCCGCCGGCGACACCAAGUCCAGCUGAUGCCGCGCGCGGCGCCGCCGCUGCCGGAGGGCCGCCAGGCUCUAGUCGCCCCCUCCCCGCCCUCCCCCCGCUCGCGGUGGGGUGGUUCUGUCGGACACCCGGAUACCACGCGUCGCGUUCAAUGUCAAACAAAGUGCGCUCGCGACGUAGAUUGCGUCUUUUAGCACUUUUCUGUAGAAUUACAAUCGCAAAUGCAACUGAACUGAAGAAAUCAAACCUCUUAACUUAUAUAUUCGAAUGCGUACAAAACUUUCGAAUUCAUAGACAAAAGCUUGAUUAUUGAUUAAGUUGACCACGCACCUUGUUCCGUAGGAAAAAUGGUACAAUAUGUGGAAUACCAUAGCGCGACGAAAAUAAGCAAUGUUACGCGUAUAGCAGUCAUGCACCCACCACGUAUUCAGAUCGAUUGGUACUUUUCUCGAAUCGUAUGAAAUUAAAUAUCCAAAGAUGUUAAAAGGGUUGCUUUUAACUAACCCGGAACGCUAUAACACGACAUUUCUAAUAUUCAACAACAACAAAAUCUUUUAAAAACAACAAAUUGCUAUUUCCAUUCGAAUUUAUGAAAUAGCCAAUCCAUUAGCUUUACCAUGAAGAUGACAUCUGUCAGAAAUGUUAGUACUUUUUGUGACCGCUAGAGGCACUGUACCAUUUGGUCAUACAAAAUUGGCAAAUAUUUUACGCGCUGUAUUUUUUAAUUACAACUUUUUAGUAACAGUAGCGUUCGUCCUAUUAAAUACUGCCAUCAUAACUAUUGCCAAGCAGUAUCGUGGCAUCACUGCGUUCCAAUUAUGCAGGGUAAAUGUGCUAAUUAAAUUACAGGCAGAUAGAACUUGUCACCUUUCUGUCACAGGGUGAUGAGUACAGUGACAGUGCCCCAAAGGUCUCUUAUGAUUUUAAGCAUUGAGUGGCACUACAACUGUUAUGUGUAGGCGUGUCGCUUACCACCAGGCGCAUGACUUAUUCGUACCGGCACUGGAUGUCAUACAAAAACUGUUGUAGUUGAAAUUCUAAAAGUUGUUUGUUUAAUAGAUGGCAAUGCCGUGCAAAGAAGUUUCGGGCUAAUUAAAAAUUAAUCCAUGUAGGGUACAUUUCUCACAAUCAAUAAAGAGACUAAAUUCGAAACAUUUGGGAAACCGAUAAAAUUAAUUUCACAAAUACAUCUAUUUUGGGUGAUUUAACAUUCACUGGGUUCUAUAGUACAUUAUUGCAGAGACCGGGAAGUAAGAGAUUGCUGGACGAGUAUGAGUUAAGUGAGUAUUAAUAUGAGUCCCGCAAUCCCCGCUCCCGCCGAGGCAUGUAUAGUGCUUUUCUCAAACAAUGUGAGGAAAUAAUAAAAGACUAAAGAGAAGGAGAU